AUGAGUGCUACUAAUUUUACCCCUGUUUAUUUGGACAAUAUCGAGUUCUUCAUGAACUCGAGCAAUGUCGUCAAUCUCUCUUGGCCAAAAGUGUCGGAGGCAUUUGUCAAGCCCUUGACAUCACACGUAAUUUCCUUCCCCGGCUACGAUUGGACAGAGCCUUAUCCAGGAGAGAGCAUCAUUGAUGAGGGUCACACAAUGGGCCUGAUGAUCUCUGACGAUUUUUUCAUGGAUGAAACCGCUGCGAAUAAGUCGACCACUGUCCUGACCGGGUUAACGUUCAAUAUCCCAAAGAGCAUGAAGUCCAAUGGCAAACCCUUGCCCAUGCACCCUUCGUGGUACAUCUGCCGCCACAUCUUCAUCUCGACAAAUGCCGCAAUGAAAAAAUCGGGAGAUAAAAAUACUUGUGACGCACUGCCCUCGGAUUGCAAGAAUGACCUCGCCGCCGCUUUGACCAACGAUUGGGGCUAUAAUAAUGAGGAUUCCAUGUGUUCCCAGCGCAUAGCCGAUCCUAUUCCUCAAAAUUGUGUUGGUACAUUCGGAUUCUCUCGCCAGGAUAUUUUGACUAUCAAUAGCACCACCCUGGCCAAUCCGGUUCUUGGUCCUCUGCAGACAAACUCAAACCCGCAACAAUACGGCUGGCGCAUUGGAACUGGCUAUCAUCACCAUCUUGAUCCCGUUGCCCGUGAACUCGCCUACAACAGGACUUACCUCGUGGCUACGGUUUGGGGGUUUAGCAGGGGAACCGACCCUACGACCAUAAGAAUUCCUAGAGUUACUUGGGCUUGCAUGUCCGGCGGAGAUCCUUGGAAAGACCCUGUUCUCCAUCAUUACCCUGAUCCUCCUCCGCAUUUACCUGACAAUUCCACGUCUACCAAGACGCCUUCAUCUACUGCUACAUCUAGCGGGGCAAUUUCUUCGGCCACGACAUGCAGUGAGACAACUUCAUCUACCACUACGUCGAGGGGAACAGUUUCGUCUACUACUACGUCUGGCGGGUCGAUUUCAACCAAGUUGGACAUGCAAAUUAUAUACGUACUCGUCGCAAUGUUGAUGGCAGGCUUUGUUUUGGGUCACGAUGCUUGA